UCAUUAUCAGUCUGGAUUAAAGAUUCCUGUAAACAUGAUUUUCAUGUCUCUUUCUUUCAUCCUCUACAUAAUUAGCAUUGGUUCUAUUUCUGGAGAAAAUGCCAACUGGGUUGAUAUCUGUGCUGAAGGGUUCAAUACUGUGGACGAGUGUUGUCAUAAAAAUACAGCAACUGCUGAUGGUGGUAUGGAAGGUCAUCAGUAUCUCAUUGACCUAGAGACUCCGAGAGACUACUUCGACCAAUACAUAAGCUGUCUGACCAACUCCUUAGAAGACCCAACCCAUGGAUAUCAGCUGGUAACUUUUGAAACAUCAAAGGAAAAUUAUUGUCUUGUUAAAUACAUUAGUGCAAGACAGAACAAGAUGAACCCCUCUACCAACUAUGAAUUCUACAUAGGCCUUCAAGGCCAAACCUCGGACAACAUGAAGAAUGGGUUUUUAUGGCAAUUACCUAUGAGAGGGCAAUUUGGCUACUCAGAAGAUUACGCUGCUAAUGUUCCAACUUUUACCAACUGGGCCAUUAAUGCUCCUAAUGGACAGGACUGUGUUAAAAUGACAACAGGAAUGGGAAGCCCUACAAGUGCACUUUGGACUCAUGUUGAUUGUAAUUCUCAACUUUACUCCAUUUGUGAGCGUUAUCCCUUAGUUUAGAUCACAGAUUCAGUUGUAAACAACAAAUAUCAUUGUAUCGUCUUUUUCAGAUGUUUAAAAUAAAAUAUUAAUGAAC